AUGGAUCCAAUCAAGUACAUCUUUGGGAAGCUUGCCUCAAUCGAAAGAAUUUCUCGUUGCCAGAUGCUGUUAUCAAAAUAUGACAUUGAAUACCAUACUCAGAAAGCAAUCAAAGGUAGUAUCAUAACUGAUCAUUUGGCUAACCAACCAAUUUAUGAUUACCAAUCUAUCAAGUUCGACUUCCAAGAAGAAGAUGUUAGGUACUUAAAAGCCAAGGAUUGUGAUGAACCAUUGCUAGAUGAAGGGCCAGAGCCAGAAUCCUGUUGGGGAUUGAGAUUUGAUGGAGCUAUCAAUGCUUACGGUAAUGGAAUUGGGGCAAUCAUUGUUACUCCUAAAGGCUCCCAUAUUCCUUUCACCUCAAGGUUGACAUAUAAUUGUACGAACAACAUGGCCGGAUAUGAAGCUUGCACCAUGGGUCUGGAAGAAGUCAUUGACUUGAGAAUCAAAAUCCUGGACAUAUAA